UGGUGGCGGGGUUGGCGAACCCCAGAGACUAGCGACUCAAGAUGCAGCGUUGGCGCCGACAGGGUCGCGCUUGCAGCACGCUUUUCCAGAAUCCUACCUCGAACUGGGGUGCGGAAACAAGGAGAUGAUCACCAAUGGUCAAUACUCGGCUAGACGUUGAACGUGCAGGUUCUUUUAUCCUAGGAUUUGCGGAGUAGCCUGCCAGCCUGGGGUAGCUUCAGGCCGGGGAACGCUUGGACGGAACAAUCUAAAAUCGGGUAGAAAUAUCAACUCGACCGCUCCUCCAUCCUGGCCAGCUCACUCGCGAGUCCUGAGGUUUCUCUUUUGCAAACCUCAAUUCUUUCUUCCGCUGUCAAGCUCUCGGAAGUUUCUUUUCAGGAUGGCUGCCACCAGAGCCAGCGCCGAUGGCGUGCACAACGCACCUGAGGUUGUUCGACACUCGGAUGAUAAGCAAGACAUUAGCCAGGUCGAGCGCGUGUUCUCCGAAGGAGGAGACGAGAAGGGCGACCAUGCCGACUACAACCGUAUCGACAAGGAAGUCGCCAAAUACGCAAACGCCUCUGAAGUUUUCAUCUCGGAAGAGGAGAACGCUCGGUUAAAGAAGAUGAUUGACCGUCGUGUAUUGCCCAUUAUGGUUAUCACGUACUUCCUACAGUCGCUCGACAAGGGUACAAUGUCCGCUACCUCCAUCAUGGGCAUCCGCGACGAUAUUCCCGCCCUUCUUUCCAAAGAGACUUUUGGGUGGCUCACCACCUGUAUCUACCUUGCUGUACUGGUCGUCGAAUACCCAACCAACUGGAUUCUCCAACGAGUACCAGUAGCCAAAUACCUCGGAUUCAAUAUUCUCGCAUGGAGUACCGUACUUGCCUGUCAUGCCGCCUGCUUCAGCUUCCCUGCGCUCGUCGUCUGCCGAACACUCCUUGGUAUCUUCGAGGCUGUCUGCCAGCCCGCUUUCCUCAUCAUGACUUCUCUCUGGUACAAGCGUGAGGAACAGGCCCAGAUCGUUACCUACUGGUACAUGAUGAACGGCAUGCAACAGAUCGUCGGCGGUCUCCUCGCAUACGCCUUCACCAACAUCAGACACCCUAGCUACCUCAAGAACCCCGGCACCGCUUCCAUCCGGUCCUGGCAAGCCAUCUUCAUCACAUACGGUUCCUUCUCCUUCCUCUGGGGAAUCUGGGUCAUCUUCCGCCUCCCCGACAGCCCCAUGCGCGCCAAAUGCUGGUCCGAAGAAGACAAGAAGCUCAUGGUCGAGCGCGUCCGCUCCAACCAAACGGGUCUCCAAAACAAAAAGUUCCGCGCCUACCAAUUCAAAGAAGCCCUCCUCGACCCGCAAACCUACUGCUACAUGGGCAUCCAAAUCUUCACCACUUUACCCACCUCCGGCCUCGGCGCCUUCUACAAUAUCAUCAUCCAAGAUCUCGGUUUCGGCACUCUGCAAGUGCAACUCCUCGCCAUGGUCCUCGGCGUCGUCAUCAUCGCCACACUCAUGGGCUCCGCCUGGAUGGUCAAGAAAACAAAGCAAAACCUCCUCACCAUGGCCAUCUUCAUGAUCCCCGCCUUCACCGGCACAAUCGUCAUCAUGACUGUCAAAAACACAAACGAAGCCACCAAAGCCGGUCUGCUCAUCUCCUACUGGAUCGUCUUCACCUUCUGGGCUGCCCAGGGUCUCGGCAUGUCCAUGCUCACCCGUAACGUCGGAGGACAGACUAAGAAAUCCGUCUGCAUUACCAUGAACUUCUUCGCGUGGUGCGCGGGUAAUGCGAUUGGACCCAAGGUGUUUUUCGACGGCGACCCACGUUAUCUCAAGUCCCUGGCUAUUCAUCUUGGAUGCUACUCUGCGUUGCUUUGUGUUAUUGCGUUCCUGAGGUUUAACCUGAUGCUCAGGAAUAAGAAGAAGGACAGGGAGUUUGGAAAGGAUAUUAGUAACGCGCAUGGUUUUGAUGAUUUGACAGAUAAGGAGAAUCCUAACUUUAGGUAUGUUUACUAGGGGGUUGGGGGAGAUGGGUGGGAGAUGGGUUUGGUGUAGCUAUAGUAGUACGAAUUAUGAAGGAAGCGUCGUUAUGAG